AUGACCAGCAGUUUGGGGGUUUCUCAAAUGUCUGAUUUUGUAGCUAGUCAAAAGGACUAUCGAAAGAAAACUGAACCAACUGGUCGUGUAACUCGAUCAGUUCGUCAUAAUGAUACUAAACAACAAGGUGCUCGUGUAACUCGAUCAGUUCGUCAUAAUAAUGCUAAACAACAAGAUACUCGUGGUGAUACAUUUGAACAAGGUGGUCGUCAUGAUGUACCUCAACAAGGUGGUCGCCGUGAUACAACUCAACAUGGUGGUCGUGGUGAUACAUCUCUACAACCUCGUAAAGAUGUACCUCAAUCAUCUAAUUGUAAUAAUAAUCGAGCUGCUAUUAUUGCUUCACGAGGCCAAGAAACAGUAAAUAUUAAAAUCAUUGAACGAAAUAUUAAUUCAAUAUCCAAAUUACCGAAGAUUCCAAAACGGGCUCCAAAUCAUGAACAGCAACAACAGCAUAUAUCUGUGGAAGUUUUUAAAUCUACUAUUGCUGAACUUUUUAAAGAAGCAUUAAAAAGAUAA